GUGCCACGUCGGCGCGCGGCGGCCGCUCCCCCUCCCGACGGCCGCGGCCAGCCCUCCCGAGCGCGCCUGCCCACGCGCGCUCCUGCCUCUCUCCCUGGCGCUCACACUUGUGUGCACAUCCCUCAAGGCCCGCGAGUCCGCCGCCGCCGCCGCUGCCGUCCCAUCCCCUGCGAAACGCGGUUGCAUCAUGUCUUCGCCUCCCGAGGGGAAGCUAGAGACGAAAGCUGGACACCCGCCCGCCGUGAAAGCCGGUGGAAUGCGAAUCGUGCAGAAACACCCACAUUCUGGAGACACCAAAGAAGAGAGAGACAAGGAUGACCAAGAAUGGGAGAGCCCCAGUCCGCCUAAACCCACCGUGUUCAUCUCCGGUGUGAUCGCCCGGGGCGACAAAGACUUCCCGCCAGCGGCUGCCCAGGUGGCUCACCAGAAGCCCCACGCCUCCAUAGACAAGCAUAUGUCCCCGAGAACCCAGCACAUCCAGCAGCCUCGCAAGUGACCGGCGAGGACCCAGCGCCCUCCCAAGCCGUGCCUGGUUUCCCAACAUUUGGUAUUUCCCCAGCAAAGAGAACUGCAUUUUCUUCAAAACACAGCUCCACUGGGAAAUCUAAGGCAAAGCAAAACUCCCUUCCUUUGCCUUACAUUUCUGUAUCGAAAGCUAGAAACAGACCCCAAACCUUGUUUCCAGGGAGUCCUGGUUGGUGUCUGAGAAUCACUGUGCCAUUAGCAGAGCUCGCCGAGCCCUGAGCAAAAUGAAGUUGCUCAGAGUUUAGCUUUAGCUCUGUCUCAGCAAUUGACUAAAAUUCCUGCCUGUGGUCUCAAAAACAAGAGGGCACAAAUUUGGGAGGAUUGGAUUAAGAUUAGGGGGAAAGCUCAAUCAUUUCAUGGUUUUCAAUUCUAAGACAAUACAGUCCUAAUCCCAGAGGGAGCCUAAGAAAGGGGAGUGUUAAUUGUGGGGGGUGGGGCACUCCAAGAGGCAAAGCUGGGAAGACUGGAAACAGACCACAGCCACCCUGACUGUCACUCCCUGUGUGACGAGGGGCCCCUGUGCAGGGCGGCGCCAGUCCCGGGAGAACCAAAGAAAACCUUGAAUCAUUGAAAUGGCUCAUUUAUCCCACGAGUCUUCUUGCUGAAAAAUUAGAAUGUAGGUCGUUUGCCCAAAGGUAGUGCUUCUGGGAUGAGGUCUCAGCGAGGGUCCAGCACUGCCUCACAGGCAAGACAGGCUUUGCCAGAGGAAGGAGGCAAACCUGCACUUUUCAGUACACGCCUCUAGAGCUGUUCCGAGUUCUGGAAGUGAUCACUGACCAGGUGGAGGCACAGACGUAUAGCUAAUUCGGGAACACGACAGCAAGAGCACAGAAUGCGUAGAAAGGAUUGAAUGCGUAGAGAACCAGACGAAAACUUGCCCUUUGUCGCUAAAGGGAGAAAUAGCAAUACCCCAUUCCAUUUGAGCUAGAAAAUCCUGUUUGUCAACCCGUCCAGCUGUCCAGAAUUCCUUUUGCCUGAGUGCACGUUCUCCAGGGCCCACAUUCACCUGGGCACGGCAGAGCGUCCUGCCUUCUGCACGUGUUUCCUGCCCGGAGCCGCCCUGGCCGGCUCUCUGGCUCACAGCUGUGGAGUGCCCUGCUUUUCUGAAGAGCCAAAGGGCUCCUUUACUCAGAUGUUACAAUCUUCCAAAGCAGACGCUUGUGGAGAUGGUAUGGCCUGACUGCCCCACUCACCAACAGUGCAUUUGCUGCAGGCCAGCAGCAUGCUGUGAGCAGCGUGCACACCAGCCUCUCUGAUACCACGAUCAAAUCCACGGCUGCCGGCCAGUAAAAGUGAGGCCAGACCUAGUCAGACCCACCCCCCUCCCACUUGAGAAUGCUCUUGGCAUUCUAAAGGCAAUGUUUGGUUUCCUAUCCCAUUGACUGGUGGAAGCUGGAGUCUAACCUUGCAGGUAUCACAUCGUCACACCUGGUGUUUCCUAAUCUCGUGAGAUGUUGGCACACACUGCGGCUGGCUUUGGAAAUGCAGAUUCGAUGAGCAGCACUUCGUGAGGCACACUGAGCAAGCAGCCCCACACCACCCCUCCCCCGGCCCCACCCGCCUCCUAAAGCUGCAUCUCAGAAGGGAUGCUGAGAGCAGGCAGCACCAGUCAGGCCUAGGUAGACCGUUGCACCCUUUGCUACAGAAAUUCAGACGCAUCUUUGGUCUUGUUGGUUUUGCAGCCAGAAGCACCAGGCUAUUUCUCGAGGUGCGUAUUUCAUGUACUUGUAGCUGCAUCUGGCAUGUAUCUGGGGGGUUCUGGAUCUUUGAAAGCAAAGUGUUUUCCUGAAAGAGUUUAUCAAUUGUUAACUUCAAGAAUAAUACUGAUUAUAAUAAAGCCCCUGCA